AUGAUUAAGGACCAGGGAUCCCUGACACUGGAGGACGUGGCCGUGGACUUCACGUGGGAAGAGUGGCAGCUCCUGGCCCCUGCUCAGAAGGCCCUGUACCGGGAUGUGAUGCUGGAGAACUACGGCAACCUGGUGUCUGUGGGGUAUCAAGCCAGCAAGCCGGCUGCUCUCUCCAGAUUGGAGCGAGGAGAACCAUGGCCUGUGGAAGACGAAGUCCACAGUCGACUCUGUCCAGAAAUGAGGAAAGAUGACUGUCUUCUACAGGAGGACUUGCAAAAUCAAAGUUGUCCAAAAAGAAUGGAACGAUGUCAUGAACAUAAUGCACUUGGAAAUGUUGUUUAUCAGAGCAAAAGUCAUUGUCCUUUAAGGCAACAUCAUGAUAUACUUUACUUACAUGGGAAAACACUGAAAUCAAACUUAAGUUCAAUCAGCCAGAACAGAAACUAUGAAGUAAAGAACCCCAUUAAGGCUAAUGUAGAUGGGAAAUUCUUCCUCCAUGCAAAGCAUGAGGAGUUUCACAAUGAAAGUAAGCUUCCUGAAUGUGGAAUUCCUAUGAACACAAAUUCUCAGAUCAUUACGUGUCUAGGAACUCAACAGAUAAAUAAACAUCAUGUUUGCACUGAAUGUGGGAAAGCCUUCAUCAAGAAGUCCCGCCUCAUCGAUCAUCAGAGAGUUCACACAGGAGAAAAACCCCACGGAUGCAGUGUAUGCGGGAAAGCUUUCUCUAGAAAGUCUAGACUCACUGAACACCAGAAAACCCACAUAGGAGAGAAACGGUAUGCAUGCAUUGAUGAUUGUGGAAAGGGCUUCAUUCAGAAGGGCAAUCUCAUUGUACAUCAGCGAACUCACACUGGAGAGAAACCCUAUGUAUGCACUGAAUGUGGGAAAGGCUUCAUCCAGAAGGGCAAUCUCCUGAUACAUCAGCGAACUCACACUGGAGAGAAACCCUAUAAACCCUACACGUGUAGUGACUGUGGGAAAGCAUUCAGGGAUAAGUCAUGUCUCAACAGACACCGGAGAAUUCACACAGGAGAGAGACCCUAUGGCUGCAAUGACUGCGGGAAAGCUUUCUCCCACUUGUCAUGCCUUCUCACUGAUCAUCAGAGAGUUCAUACAGGAGAGAAACCUUAUGGAUGCAGUCUUGAAUGUGGAAAAGGCUUCACUGGAAAGAGCAUGCUCACUAUACACCAGCGAACUCACACUGGAGAGAAACCCUACAUCUGCAGUGAAUGUGGGAAAGGCUUUACCACAAAGCACUAUGUCAUCAUCCACCAACGGAAUCAUACAGGAGAGAAACCCUACAUAUGCAGUGAAUGUGGGAAAGGUUUCAUCAUGAAGAGCCGUCUGACUGAACAUCAGCGAAUUCAUACAGGAGAGAAGCCGUAUGUGUGCAAUGAAUGUGGAAAAGGCUUUCCCAGAAAGGGUAAUCUGAUUGUACAUCAGAAGACUCAUACACGAACACAUACUGGUGAAAAACCUUACCGAUGCAGUGAAUGUGGGAAAGGCUUCGUUGUGAACAGUGGACUGAUGUUACAUCAGCGAACUCACACUGGAGAGAAACCCUAUAAAUGCAAUAAAUGUGGAAAAGAGUUUGCCUUUAAGAGCAAUCUUGUGGUACAUCAGCGAACUCAUACUGGAGAGAAACCCUUUACAUGCAGUGAUGAGUGUGGAAAAGGCUUCACUAUGAAGCGCUAUCUGAUUGCACAUCAGCAAACUCACAGUGGAGAGAAACCUUAUGUAUGCAGUGAAUGUGGAAAAGGCUUCUCCGGGAAGAGUAAUCUCACUGUGCAUCAGCGGACCCACACGGGGGAGAAACCCUAUGUAUGCAGUGAGUGUGGGAAAGGCUUCACCAUGAAGCGCUAUCUUGCUGUACACCAGCGAACUCAUACCGGAGAGAGACCAUAUUUGUGCAGUGAAUGUGGGAAAGAUUUCGCUGUGAAGAGUAAUCUCACCGUACACCUGCGAUCUCACACAGGGGAGAAAUCUUACAUAUGCAGUGAAUGUGGGAAAGGCUUCACCGUGAAGAGUAAUCUCAUGGUACACCAGCGAACUCACACGGGAGAGAAAUCUUACCGGUGUAACGAAUGUGGAAAAGGCUUUACCACAAAACUCACUCUCGUUAUACACCAACGAACUCACACAGGAGAGAAACCCUAUGAGUGCAAUGAGUGUGGUAAAGCCUUCAGUCAGAAGAUAUGCCUCAUACAACAUGAGAGGACUCACACAGGAGAGAGACCGUAUGGGUGCAGUGAUUGUGAGAAAGCCUUCUCCCACUUGUCAAACCUUGUGAAACAUAAGAAAAUGCACAUCAGAGAAAGAAUGCACACAGGAGAGAAACCUUACCAGUGCACUGAUUGUGGCAAAGCCUUCCUCAAGAAAUCACGGCUCAACAUACAUCAGAAAACCCACACCGGAGAGAAACGGUAUAUCUGCAGUGACUGUGGAAAGGGCUUCAUCCAAAAGGGAAAUCUCAUUAAGUCAGGUCUCAUUAAACAUCAAAGAAUUCACACAGGAGAGAAACCCUUUGAAUGCAGUGACUGUGGGAAAGCCUUCACUACAAAGCAAAAGCUCAUUGUCCAUCAAAGGACUCACACAGGAGAGAGACCUUACACCUGCAAUGAGUGUGGGAAAGCUUUUGCCUACAUGUCUUGCCUUGGUCUCAAUGUGCACCAGAAAACCCACACAGGAGAGAAACCAUUUAUUUGCAGUGAGUGUGGCAAGGGCUUUAUCCAGAAGGGAAACCUCAUGGUCCAUCUGCGGAUCCAUACGGGCGAGAAACCUUACACAUGCACUGAGUGUGGGAAAGGCUUCAGCCAGAAGACGUGUCUCACGGCACACCAGCGGAUUCACACUGGCAUGAGUCCCUUUGUGUGUGGUGAGUGUGGGAAGACGCUUUCCCAGAAAAUGGGUCUUAUCAAGCACCAGAGGACUCACACGGGAGAGAAGCCCUUUGAAUGCAGCCACUGUGGGAAGGGCUUUAUUGAGAAGCCACAGCUCGUGAUACACCAGAGGAUCCACACGGGGGAGAAACCCUACAGAUGCAGCAAGUGCGGGAAAUCAUUCAGAGGGAAGUCGGUCCUCAAUAAACACCUGAAAACUCACUCAAGAGUCCAUACAGGAGAGAAGCCCCAUGGGUGCAGCAGCUGUGGGAAAGCCUUCUGCCACAAGUCCUCCCUCACUAAACAUAAGAGAACUCAUACAAAAGAGAAACGUGUCAAUUCAGUCAAGGUAGAAAAGGAUUCCUUGGAGAGCCAUGACUCAUGUGCCACAGAACCCAAACAGGAGAAAACCUACAUUGAGACAGUGACAAUGCAGGGGCCUGCUGUGGCAGUGCAGGCAUCAUUAAACAUCCAUGGGUUCCUUGCCCAGGGGAAUGUGGUUCUUGUGGGAGAGCCUGUGGCCAGAUAUGUCCCCUCAGGAGAUGGCAGAGAGUUUUCACAGGAGAGGAACCUCAUGAAUGUAGUUAGUGUGGUACUGCCUUCAGUUACCAAUUAUGUCUUCUUUUAUGUCACAGGAAACAUGUAA